GUCGAUUUCGAUGUAAAACCGUUGAUGUUGAAUUCUGAUUGGCGAGUAUUUUCACACGUUGAUAUGAUUGGCUGAAAAACCGACCUCCAUUGCCCACAGACGGCAUUACGGUAUUGCUGGGGUGGAGAUCAAUCAGCAUGGCGAAAAAGGUGCCUGCGAAGACGACCGCGGCGGCGGUGACCAAGCCAUCGACCAAGUCCGAUGCCAGCGUGGCUGAACUUGAAAAGUCCUUGCGCGCCGAGCGCCAGAAGCUGACGUUGUUUCGUCGGCCGAUCUCGGUGUUGUACCAUUUCUCGAUCGUGCUCAAGGACUUUGUGCGGUGGUCGGUGGUGGCGCUGGCGACACAUCCCCUGACGCUGUUCCUCGCGCUGCCGCUACUGCUACUGUGGAUCGGGCUCUCCAACACUGCAGGGGACCAUCAUGCGUACUUGGACGAGUUCAACCUGAACGUCGAGUACGUCGUGUGGUGGGUCGGCCUCGGCGUGCUCUCGAGCGUGGGUCUGGGCACGGGCAUGCACUCGGGCAUCCUGUUUCUUUUCCCGCACAUCUUUUUGGUCGUGCAAGGCGCCGAGUUUUGCAAGUCGACGGACUUUGACACACGCCAUCACACGUGGUUUCGAUCGUUCGAGACCAACUGUGGCAGCGCCGACACCGAGGUCACGUUCUUCACCAUGUUCACCAAGGUGGCGGUGGCGUCCAUGCUGUGGGGCGCGGGCACGGCGAUGGGGGAGAUCCCGCCGUAUGCGCUGUCGUACGCGGCCAGCGUCGCGGGCAAGCGCAACGAAGACUUUGAAGACAUCCAAACGUCCACGUCCGACUUCAACGUGCUCAACCGCACCAAGGAAUGGAUGAUCACGUUCCUCCAGCGCCACGGCUUCUUUGGGGUGCUGCUCAUGAGCGCGUGGCCCAACAUGGCGUUCGACUUGUGCGGCAUUUGCUGCGGCCACUUUCAGAUGUCGUUCUGGACAUUCUUCGGCGCUACGUUGAUUGGCAAGGCGCUGAUCAAAGCCAAUCUGCAAGCCAUGUUCUUUGUGACCAUCUUCACGGACGCCACGCUCACGGAGAUUGAAAAGUUCAUCGCCCAAGUAACCCCCGUGUCGUGGGCACUGGACCAAAAGGUGGCGCAGUUUUUGCUGGAAUGCCGACACAAGUUUCAUGCGGUGGCGGACCAAGCCAAGGCGGACCAUACUGCGGGCGAAGGCGCGACCGAGGGCGGCGGCGGGUCGCUCAUCUCGCAAGCCGGCGGGUUCGUUAUGGUGGCGUUUAUGGCGUACUUUGCGAUCUCGUGCAUUGAACAGUUUGCCCAGCAGCAUGCCGCCGACCAAGAUGAAAAGACGAUCGAGCAGGCCAAGAAGAAGUAAAUAGAAAGUACUGCAAGCUCGAAUAGAAUACGGCACCAAAAACAGCAGCAGCAGCACCAGUUGGAGUUAAGAAUAGUUUGCUGUAACGUUAUGGAUGGUGUGGAAUUUGGGUGCGACA